CUUGAACCGGAAACAGACGAAUGAGGUCUCUACGAUCCCAGUACCGACUGGGAUCAGCUCUACCCUAGUUCUCUGGGCUUCAGAGAACCCACUACUCAAAAGGUGUCUCCAUUUCUCAGCCGAACCCUAGAUCCUGGAUCGCAAACAUGCCGAGAGGGAAAAGAAAAACCGCCGCCUCUACCCGACCCUGACUUGCCGGCAAGUUCUUUCCUCAGCGUCCGCCAACUUCUCCGCAGGAUCCCAGAGUAGAUUGAAAUAUUGGAACCAUGGGAAUAAAGGUUCAGCGUCCUCGAUGUUUUUUUGAUAUUGCCAUUAACAAUCAACCUGCUGGAAGAGUGGUCUUUGAAUUAUUUUCUGAUGUGUGCCCCAAAACAUGCGAGAACUUUCGUUGUCUUUGUACAGGAGAAAAGGGAACAGGGAAAUCAACUCAGAAGCCAUUACAUUAUAAGAGUUGUCUUUUUCACAGAGUUGUUAAGGAUUUUAUGGUUCAGGGUGGUGACUUCAGUGAAGGAAAUGGAAGAGGAGGAGAAUCUAUUUAUGGAGGAUUUUUUGAAGAUGAGAGUUUUGCUGUUAAACACAACAAAGAAUUUCUUUUGUCAAUGGCCAACAGAGGAAAAGAUACAAAUGGUUCACAGUUCUUCAUAACAACGAAACCAACUCCUCAUUUAGAUGGGCAUCAUGUUGUUUUUGGACAAGUGAUCUCUGGUCAAGAAGUUGUGAGAGAGAUAGAAAACCAGAAAACAGACGCAGCUAGCAAACCAUUUGCUGAGGUACGGAUACUGAGCUGUGGAGAGCUGAUCCCAAAAUCUAAAGUUAAAAAAGAAGAAAAGAAAAGGCAUAAAUCAUCAUCCUCUUCCUCUUCAUCAUCCAGUGAUUCAGAUAGCUCAAGUGAUUCUCAGUCCUCUUCUGAGUCUUCUGAUUCUGAAAGUGUUUCUGAAGAGAAAUCAAAAAAAAGAAAAAAGAAACAUAGAAAAAAUUCCCGGAAACAUAAGAAAGAAAAGAAGAAGAGAAAGAAAAGCAAGAAAAGUGCAUCUAGUGAAAGUGAAGCUGAAAAUCUUGAAGCACAACCCCAGUCUACUGUCCGUCCAGAAGAGAUCCCUCCUAUACCAGAAAAUAGAUUCCUCAUGAGAAAAAGUCCUCCUAAAGCUGAUGACAAGGAACGGAAAAACAGAGAGAGAGAAAGAGAGAGAGAGUGUAAUGUGCCUAACUCCCAGCCUGCUUCGUACCAGAGACGACUCUUAGUUACUAGAUCUGGCAGGAAAAUUAAAGGAAGAGGACCAAGGCGUUAUCGAACUCCUUCCAGAUCCAGAUCAAGGGAUCGUUUCAGACGUAGUGAGACUCCUCCACAUUGGAGGCAAGAGAUGCAGAGAGCUCAACGAAUGAGGGUAUCGAGUGGUGAAAGAUGGAUCAAAGGGGAUAAGAGUGAGUUGAAUGAAGUGAAAGAAAAUCAAAGGAGCCCAGUUAGAGUAAAAGAGAGAAAAAUAACUGAUCACAGGCAUGCGUCUGAAAGUCCAAACAGAAAAAAUGAAAAGGAAAAGAAAGUUAAAGACCAUAAAUCUGACAGCAAAGAGAGAGAAAUCAGAAAAAAUUCAGAAAAAGAAGAUAAAUAUAAUAAAAACAAAGUGAAGAAAAGGGCCAAAUCUAAAAGUAGGAGUAAAAGCAAAGAGAAAUCAAAGAGUAAGGAAAGAGAUUCAAAACAUAACAGACAUGAUGAAAGGAGGUUGAAGUCGAGGAGUAAAGAAAGAGAUCAUGAGAAUAUUAAAGAAAAAGAAAAGCAAUUUGAUUCUAAAGGAAAAGAUCAAGAAAGGAGUAGAAGUAAAGAGAAGUUUAAGCAGAUAGAAUCAAAAAGUAAUGAGCACGAUCAUAGUAAAAGUAAAGAAAAGGAUAGACGCGCACAGUCCAGGAGUAGAGAACGUGAUGUAACUAAAGGUAAACACAGUUACAAUAGUAGAACAAGGGAACGAAGCAGAAGUAGGGACAGGAGCCGAAGAGCGCGAUCCAGAAGCCAUGACAGAGAUCGAAGCAGAAGCAAGGAGUACCAUAGAUACAGAGAGGAGUACAGGAGAAGAGGAAGGUCACGAAGCCGAGAGAGAAGAGGAACACCAGGAAGAUCAAGAAGUAAAGAUAGGAGAAGGAGGAGGAGAGAUUCACGGAGCUCAGAGAGAGAAGAAAGUCAAAGCAGAAACAAGGAAAAACAUAGAAACCAAGAAAGUAAGAGCUCACACAGAAAAGAAAAUUCUGAGGGUGAGAAAAGAAUGUACUCUAAAAACUGUGAUCAUAAUAGCUCAAGUAGUAACAGGGAAAAAAAGGGUGAUAGAGAUCAAAGUCCAUUCUCAAAAAUAAAACAAAGCCAAGACAGUGAAUUAAAGUCCUCCACAUCGAAAACUAAGGAGGAUGAGAAGACCAGAUCCUCAGUGGAAAAUGAAAACCAAAAAUCAAAGGCUCCAGAAAAUGACCAUGUACAUGAUAAAAACAAAAAAUUUGAUCAUGAAUCUAGCCCUGGUACAGAUGAAGACAAAAGUGGAUGAGUGAGUUGUAUAAAUUUAUUUCCUUUCUGUCUCAAAACUUAAGUUUUAGGGACUUGCUGGUGAAUAUCCUUUACGUUGUUUUCAUUGUUUUUUGAGUUGUCUAUCCUUUUUUUUUUUUUUAAUGUGGACUUCAUUGAGUUGAUCUUUUGAUAAUCUGCAACCUGGAUUAUUUGUACUGCUAAAGUUUUAAUAAAUUUGAAAUGAGAAAAACAUUUUGGUGUAACACUGUGUGCUAUGUUAAACUAUUUUAAUGUAUGCAUUUUUGUGUUGCAGUAAUCGGCCAACAGCAUCCUAAUUUGUUUAAUCAGCCAUUUGGAAAUAAGCAGAACUGAUGGUUGCAUUCGAUUGUUACAAAAGCUUGCGUUUCUUGUGAUUAAAGUAACUAGACACCACUAGAGGAAAUUUUGUAUAGAUUUUAUGAUUGCAUUUAUAAUAGAGGCUUGUAUCAAUUUAUUUUAAUUACACAGAAGUGCGCCGGGGAUUUAGCUCAGUGGUUCUGCGGCCUGCCCUGCAGGCGCAGGGACUGGAGUUUGAUCCCCGGUACCAAAAAAAAAAAAGAUACAUUAAUUACAUAGAAGCAGGAUCCUAAUAAUAUGAGAUCUUAAAUCAUCACUUUUGAUUUUAUAGUUAUUUGUGCUUUAAGAUAGAUGAACAUUUAGUUGUCUUGUUUCAUAUCUUCUUAUUAAUAUUUCUGUCUAGUUGUGUUUUACUUACCUGUCUGUAAGAAUCUUAACAUAAUUUUUUUCAGUUGAUGUGCUGAUUGAGCUUGAAUUGCUGUUAUACAGCAUUUUACAGGAAGAUCAGAUUUUAAUUCUCAAUUUUUUAUUGGUUUUGGUCUGAAGAGUUGAAAUUAUUGCUUUAUGAGAACAUUAUUAUUUUUACUUUCUUUUCCUAAAAUUAAAAAAAAAACUCAUUAAAACGUACAGCUUCUCCGGGUCCUUAAGCUAGACAGAUUCUAAAAAGUGUUGUUAUUGAUAUGUUAACUUCUAAGAUUUCUGAUUUUUGGCCACCAACCUAUCUAGCAUUGAGUGUUAACUCUGCAUGUUUUUUGUUUUUUUAAACUUGAAGUAUCUUCUCUAUCUCUCAUAGCUGUGAGUUUCAAAUGGCAAAAAAAAAGAGCAUCUUUUCUAUAAAUGUAUGAGGCUAUAGCAUGUUUAUGACUCUGGUUUCUUUCUACUCAGGUGGCUUUAUGGCUUUGUACCAUCACUGUUAAUAUUAUUUUAACUUGGCAUGUAAAACACUGCCAUGUAGAGUAAAACAGAAAGUUGCAAAAUUUGGUAGCUUACAGAGUUAAACACUAAACACAUCCAAAGUCCAUUCAGAAUUUUGUGUGUUGUAUUUUGCCAUUUUUGUGAUGUGUGGCCUUUUAUUCUGUAAUAUCUCUUCUGAAGAAAACAUUGAACAUCCAGCAAACACAAAACCUGCCUCAUUUUAAAAGAAAUUUCAAAAUUCCAAUCAAUAGUGGACUCUAGAGAGUUUUGUACUUUAAUAUUUGUCAGUAUAGUGUUAACUUUAUUACCAAGGUAGAUUCUUGAUAACUCCAUUAGCUACCCAGUGCUAUUUGUACUGAAUAGUGAUGCUUAGCAUAAUACUUCCCAUUAUUGAUUAAUAUAGUAAUCAUUUGGCAUUGUAGCUGUUGCAGAAUAGUGUAAUGAUUCUAAGUUUGUUUAAAAUAUCUUGAAACAAAUAUCCAGAAUGGAUUUUUUUCCUAAUUUUAUUUCCUGUAAAAGUAGUAGAUGUUUAUUAUAAUUCAGAGUGAUUCCUUAGGAACUGACCACAGACCCACAUUAAGAAUUAUUGAGGGCCGGGAAUUUAGCUCAGUGGCACCGUGCCUGCCUCACAAGUGCAAGGUCCUGAGUUCAAUCCCCAGUAUCAGAAAAAAAAAUAUAUAUAUAUGUAUAUAUAUAUUGAGUCUGAGUACCCAAGCUCUAUGAUCUGUUAUAUAUUUUAAAUUAUUGUUUUAAAAAUUCAGUAAGUUGCAUUUUUAAAACUGACAAAUUAUUUGAACUUUAAGACAGGUACUAUUUAAGAAAGAAUUUCUGAUAACACAUUUUUUAAAGUCCGUGAGUUUUAUCUAUUAAGAAUAUCGACAAGUACUUUCCAAAUCUUGAGUUUCAAAAAGUAUCCAUAGGGAGGAAAGGUAAUUUCAUAUGCAGUGUUACCAAAAGACAACUCUAUUCUAAGCAUUAUAUAUAGGGGUCUUUUUUAAAAAAGCUUUACUAGCUGUUUCCAUAAAACAGAUGUGAAGGAGUUGAGAUGAAAAAGGACAUUUUCAGAGUAUAAAAAACUUGGAAAACGAUGAUUAGGCAGAAUUAAUUUAUACCCUAAGAUCUACACUCACAUCUGAAUAGCAAAGCCUCAAGAGGUCCUUUCCUUUUAUUACAUUUUUAGUAGUUGUGCCAUCUUUUUUUGUUUUGUUUUGUUUUUGUUUUUGUUUUUGGUACCGGGGAUCAAACUCGGGUCCUUGCACUUGCAAGGCAGGCACCGGAACCACUGAGCUAAAUCCCCAUCCCAGUUGUGCCUUCUUUAAUGUUUACUUUGGACAUUGUUUGCCUAGAAAUCAGUUGUUUAAUUUUUCCCAUCAUAUUGAUUUUACAGUUACAUCUGAGUUUACAGUUCAUACCUGUCUUUAACUUAAUAGUCUUUAACAGUUAUUUUCAUUUUUUAUUACUUGAUUGGUGAUAGCUGCAAAAAAUUUAGUACAUAGAAUUUUUAUGAUUAUCAUGUGAAUUUUUUUUUUUUUCUGUGUAAGGUAUCUGCCCCAGAAACUGGUACUGGAGAGAGAUUAAUGAACAGAUGAGAAUCAACAGUUGAGUUUAAAAGUUUUUAAUUACUCUAUAGUUGGUGAGUUCAUAGGUUAUGUAAUAUCUUUUAAGUUAACUAAUUGAAGCCUUCUGAAGUUGCAAAGAAUUUAUCUAAUGAAUCUGUCUUUGCACUGAUACUGAUCCAUGGUGGGUUUGCUGAAUGGCCUUUGAUUCUUGUGCCCAAUGGAAGGUAUGAAACUCAAACAAGAUUUCAUUAUGUUAUGGACAGGCACAAAUUGGGUUUCUAGUAUUUUGGAUAAUUGUAAUAACUGGCAAUUCUAAGUUAUAUUUAGUUUUUGGAGCAAGUUAGUAUGUUUUUUAGUAGUUUGUUGUACUUUAGGUGGUAAUUUCGUCACACUGAGCUUUUUUGUAAAUUUCUGUAGAAACUUUUUGGCCUUGCCUUCACUAGAAGGUAUUUUAAAUAUAUACCAUAUGGCUAAUUGGUAUAAAGAAAAAUGGAUAUUUUUGUCUUGUUUUGGUUAUUUUACUAUAAUUAUUCUCUUAGGAUUCAUACAUUUACAAUUGAAUAAAUUCUCCAUGGAUUGUAGGUUGAUAAACUUUUAUUGUAAAAACUUGUGUUUUAUUCAAAUACUUGUUUGGGGAGAAAAAUAAAAUCCCUAAGGAGUGCAGUGUUGGAUGACACACCUGGUGCAGUGGGCUUCCCAGCUGCCUUUAAGGGAUUCAGGCAGAGGCAAACUCUGGCUUGUUGUGUGACAAAGAAGUAAAUAUUAAAGGAAAAGAAAACUACAAAUCACAUGAAAAGAAUUCCAUCAGCAAGGUUGGAGAAGGGAGUUGGUGAAGGGUUUUUUGGUUUUAGGUGUGGAAGGGUAUGGUGGGGUUCAUUUGUGUUUCUGCUCCCCGCACCCCAGCAAAUUAUAUGUUAACCAAAAGCACAUGCUGUAUAUUUUCUUCCUCCUUUGUGUGUUCAUAGUAUUUUCAAAGACUGAUAAAUGAAUUGGGUAUUUCUGUGUGUGGACAUAUUCAAAGUUGCGGCUGCUUUUUGUGGAAGGGAAAACAUAAUGAAGUUACUGUACUUCUUUUCCUAGCUCAGAAGUCACUGUGAUGUAUAUUUUUUUAAUGAAAUUUAGAAAAAAAAUUGUCGUCUCCUCAAUUGUAAAAUUAGUUUCAUAAUGCUGCUUCUCCUAUCAUUAGUGUAGUUACUGUUGGACUGUUUUCUGCAAACUGCAUUUUACAAAAUUUAAACUUCAAAGCUGUAUUAACUUUUAUAGUUAAACAUUGUAUUAAAUAAACUAUACUAUAACAAACAA